UUUCUUUCCUUGCACGCAAGCUGAUAGGAUGGAUCUAAUCGAACGCGCUCUUCCUACACAUCGUGGAGGGUCGAAGUCACUCCCUGGUGGUUCAACGUCCGUGCCCGGUUAUCCCUAUCCAAGCGGCACAAAGUCGAAGACGGGAAGGGCGUCCCGCUCAUUUGGAACAUCUUUGCCAUACAAAUUUCCGACAAAAGUUGGAGCAGCAUCCGAGGAAGCACAGCCAUGGAUUAGAACAUUGCAGCCGUUGUUGUCAAUGGCUAUAUUCUUCAACUUUAUGGUAAUCUUGGGUCUUAUCUUUUUCGCCAUGGCUACUGCUAUGAAAGCUCAACGCCAUAAAGCAGAUUACAAAUUUCAUAGAGAGCCCAGUGUGCUAGACUUUGAUGAAAUUGCUGUGAUCUCUAACGCACAAGAGUGUAACGAUAUGGCCAGAAUGCUUGCUGUGGAAAACUACAGCUUAAAUGCUAUCGCGUUGGGGAUGCAAAUUUGCAUGAUGUCGGCAGAGCCAGAAAGAGGAGGAUUGGGAGGUUCUUCGACAGUAGUAUACGUGGACCUCAACGCGGAGAACCGGUGUAGGAUCAUUGACGUCUUCGACUCUUUGCGCGAAUCAUUCAUCGCAGGAUACAGAAAAAGUUCCCAGGACAAAAUCAACGUUCCGAAUUGUUUAUUUAAGAAGCUUCAAGGCAAAUCAUUCGGAUCUAUCGCGUUGCCAGGAGAACUAGUGACAGCUGCUUGGUUCGCGUCAAAAAUGUUGAAAGAAGAAAUUCAAACGCCUUUUUUACUUUUUACUGGAUUACGAGUACGAAAAAAAUUUUUUGUCGCACGAUCUCGCAGCAAGCGCCAGGCAACAAACCCCCAUGGCUGCUAUUCAGUAGAGAUAUGUGAGUGCUUUGUUUGUGAGUGA